GAAAACGGAAAAGCAUUUAAAAUAGUUUCUACAAUUUCCCUCCUUUCUUCUGUCAGACUCAGAGAAACAAUGGAGCCCUUAGCUCUCAACCUGAAAAUGCUCCGAGGCCCGGGGUUUCAUAAUUGGAACGGCGACACCCGGCACUUCCGACCCGGAUCCAAGGUCCGAAUUGGCCGCGACGGCCGCUGCAACAACAUCCCGAUCAAAGACUCCGGCAUUUCUUCCAAGCACCUCUCCAUCGAGUCCGAAUCGGGCAAAUGGGUGCUCCGAGACCUUGACUCCUCAAACGGAACCCUUUUGAAUGGCACCAAUGUCCCCCCAAACACGCCGCUGGAUCUCAGCCACGGCGACGAAAUCAAAAUCGGCGAGUGCACUUCCAUUGAGGUUAAGAUCGAUGGCUACGAAGAGAGCCGGCUGAGACGGAACCCGAGGCGUGUCGAGGAAAUUGAGGUCAAGGGGAAUCAGAGGAGGGGUCGACCGCCCAAAGCUAGGGUUUUGAAGAGUGAGGUUGCGGAGGAGAAGCCUGUGGAGGAAAAAUUGACACGGCAAGUGAGUGUGAGGCAAACUCGGAUCACGAAGAAUGAGGAAUUGGGGAAGAUUGCAGAGAGCUGUUGUGUAGACGCUGAAGGAUUGCCGAAAAGGACACGUGGUGGUGCAAGGAGGGGGAAGAAUGUACCAAAAGAGCAACCGGUGUGCUAUAAACUUGACAAUGAAGCUUCAAAAGCGGUGAAAUUGGAGGAAGAGAGACAUGAGGAGGCGGAUAGAGAGUUCAGCGUUGGAGAAGAGAGUGGUGGAAAAGGUGAAAGUGGAAGUGGGAAUGGCGAAAAGGUUGAAAAUGGAAGCGGGAAUCGCAUUAAGGGCGACAAUGGAAGUGGGAGUGGUUCGGGUGUUAAUGUGAGCUGUGACUUGGAGAAGAUGACGCUCGGGGAGUGGUUUGGGUUUUUGGAGAGGCAUUUGCCAAAACAGAUCAUUGGUGAGACGGAGGAGGCACUUGCGGAAAUGACAGAGAAAGCAAAGAGAAUUCGGGAGUACAUUGCGCAGGAGAAGAAGUGAAUGUGCUCGUGGGCUAAACGGGAUAAGCUGGGAGGAUGAGCGCCUUGUGUUCUGUGGUGGUGGCAUUUCUUCAUUCUUCAUCCGGCAGAUCCAGUUUGAGAUGCUGCGCCUUGCUUCUGAAGUCUGCAAUUGUUCACGCACUCUACUUGUUCAGCUUCUAACGGAGAAACUUGUAUACAUCAGUGCUUUCUCAUGGUAAAUGUGGAACAAAUGGGUACAGAGUAGGUAGCUGUAUCGGUUCAUGCAUUGUAAAAGCAUGUAAGUUGUGUACUGCAAUUUUCUGGGUAAUCAUGUGCGAUGCUAGCUCCUUUUCAUUAGUGGUGAAAAUUGAGAAAAAACCAUUCAUCAGUUUGUCCAUGGGCACUGGGGCUCCCCAGUUUUAACAUUUACGGAAUAUUCACAUUCGUAUUCCCAAAUGUCCGCCAUUCGCAUUA